AUGUGCUUAUUGUUCAAUCGAGUGGUGGAUAUGGAGAACCCGGAAAGACAUACCGUAUACCUGGUCGUCUCACUUUUUGUCACUUUUCUCUCCAAUAAGAAUUCGACGCCUACUGAUGAGAAGGCAAAUGCCAAAAAGCAAUCUCUCGUUUUUCGACACUUUAAUACCCUGUUAGGGUACAGUAGUACCGAAAAGUGUUUCACGAUUCCGCCAGCCAGAUUACGAAAAGCCGCCGUCUGCAACGCCUUCAUCAGUGGGUUGCCUGAAAUUCUGGAUAUGAAUUUGCACACAGGAAACCAACUACUUCCUACUGUAGUCCAGCUGCUUAUCCAUCUUCCAAGCCCUCAAAAACUGGCAUCCGAUCAGAAUGUGACGAAUUACUCUCUGGCGCUUUUGACCCAACACACAAGGCAUUUAUGGUUGCAUUCGCUGAUUUUGAUUCUGUAUAAAUAUCGAUUUGAUCAACUCCCAGUCAGUGAGAAUAUCGUUAGGCUCAUUGGAAUUGUGGUCAAAACGUUGCAAAAUCAAGUUCACGAGUGUUCCGACGCCGAAGCAUCCAACGAAAUCGACACCUGGGAUGAGAUCGAAGAGGACGAUGGUGGAAGAGCAGAGCUGAUUCGACCGGAAUCUCUUACAGUAACCACUAUCAAAGAAGCAACACCAGCAGCGGAGGGAAUUAUUCAAGUUGGUGCAGUUCGGGUUAUGCAGCCGACGAUUGUGGAGCCAGAGGGGCUGGCACCGGAGCCAGUGUUAUCUAGGAAGAGGAGUACGAUGGUACAGGAAGUCAAGCGGAAGAAAAGUGCAAUUGAGGUGGUGAAGAAGAGCUGCGCCCUCCGAUGUGGUCACUGCAACGAAGCCAUCGAGAUGUUCGACGAGGAAACUGUCUCAUUGUGUUUGAUAGCACUGGAAACAUUUCUACACCGCGAACCCUCUAUGGCAGCGCCGAUCCUUUUCAAGAUCCUUUAUACUGUAACACGGCUCAUCGACACCCCAAUGUACCCAUGGCACUCAACCGAGAUGUUCGUUCCAGCCAAUUCUCGCUCUGUUGCUAAACAAAUGCUCCGUGUUUCCCUCCAUCAUCUCUCCACCCUGCGAUUUGUCUCCAGCUAUUCGACACCAAAAUCCCACGACCCGAAGCCUUCUGAGCUGUCCCCAGUGUACUUUAUGCAAAUCCUCAUGGAAGAUCUUGAUGAAAGUUGGCCGGGAUCUGUGAGAUUGAUCAUGAAGAAUCUGGCGUAUUACAUCGUUGAGAUCUCCUUGGAUAUGUAUGGCAAUGCGUGGCAGAAUUUGGCAACGCAUAUGGAGACGUUCUUCAAGAAGUAUCAUACAGCGAUCUCCGCCGAUACCACCACCGCUCCAACACGUGCUGAAAUUGAAAACGUCAUUAUCGUAAUGACUCAUGUCCUAAAAGUUCAAGUUCUAACGACCAACGCCAAGUCUCCAGUCUCUCUUGUAGAAGCAUUCUCCAAAUGGCUCUCAGAAUCCCUACACGGUGCAGAGGUGUCCCUAGAAUCACUUCUAGGAGUUUGCACCGCCUGUAAUAGAGCGUUGAUAAGAGAACGCGACAAGCAAUGUGUGACCCGCGCCGUUGUCACUGAGCUCAUGCAAUCCAUCAAGUUUAAGUCCAAGCUCCAUGAAGCCAACUACGUCACAAUUGCCAAUAUGGUACUACAGGACACUGGAGAGGAUAUCGAAGUUCCGUUGUUGGACGAUCAGUUUAAUACAGCCGCGUCUGAAGCUAUCCGACCAUUUUUGUUCGAAGUUUUGGACUUUAUUGCGGACCUUCAUGUGAUAGCAAAAUUGAAAAAAGAGACCAAUUCAGAUGCGCUUGGUGGAGAUUUGAAGGUCAAGCUAGCAGAGGCUAUUGCUGUCGAAAUGUCUCGCUCCAAUGCUCGUGACUGCCGUACCGUCAUCCGUUUCAUCCCAUGGCUCAUGUCCCCUCCUUCUGUCACUCAAGCCGCUCCAGGAGCCUUUGCGGAUAGUGUCACUAACGUCCGUGUGCUCUCCUGGCUCCUUCUAGGAGCUCUUCACGCCAACCACUCUUGUCUGCCGGUACCAAUCGAGUGUAGUCAGCAUAUGGCAGAUUACAUUCAUUUUGUAUUGGCUGGAUUUGCGGAUCAGUCAAAGCAAUCUGUGGUACACAUGUCUGCUCUCUUCCAUGCCUUCCAUCUUUGCCAGCUAUGGACCGUCUAUUGUGAAAGAGCUGCUACGUACAGCUCGACGACAGCAUUCGCACAUUUGAUCGAUUUCUGGGCACGAGUGACCCCAGCGAUUUUGCAGUUGUUGAGUCAUUCGAAAGUGCUCGCCGACAUGGUCAAUCUCCAUUUUCUCAACACAAUUCAAGCACUUCAACAAGUGAAUUCGGCACUUCUGUGUCAAUUAUACUCAAUGUGGGCGCCGAUUCUCACCGCCUAUCAUUCUCAGAUUCCGAAUCAACUCAGAAUGAAACUCGAUUCUUGCCAAAACCAACCAUCUCUGGAAGCUCCGCUUGUCACCGAAUGGCUCAAAAAAGUUCGCUACAAGAUUUCCCAAGUGGAACUUCAAACAUCAGCUGCAUCGCCUUACUACACUGUCUAA